AGCAAGUUUUACCUAUUCACAUUGCAGAUCAUUGUUAAUCAAGUGACCUGUGCAGAAGAUAAAGUGUUUGAAGUGUUGAGCCGAUUUGGUGAAGUAACUUACGGGAAUAGUUCUCUGGAGUUCUAGCGAAAUGAGUUUGAACGAGCACUCGCUUCAAGCUCUGUCAUGGAGAAAACUUUACUUGAGUCGAGCGAAGUUGAAGGCAACUAGUAGGACUUCAGCCCUUCUAUCUGGUUUUGCAAUGGUGGCGAUGGUGGAGGCCCAGUUGGAACCAGAUUUUGAAUAUCCUUCCGGCCUGCUCAUAGCCUUCAGUGCCUGCACCACGGUUCUGGUUGCCGUCCACUUGUUUGCGCUGAUGAUCAGCACGUGCAUCCUCCCCAACCUGGAGGCCGUCAGCAACGUCCACAACCUCAACUCCGUCAGAGAGUCGCCGCACGAGCGAAUGCACCGCUACAUCGAGCUAGCCUGGGCCUUCUCCACCGUCAUCGGCACGCUCCUCUUUGUAGCGGAGGUCCUGCUGAUCUGCUGGGUGAAAUUCCUGCCCCUGAAGAAGCAGAAGCCGACCCACGCGACGGAAACCCCGCCCUCAUCCACGCCGGAGCCUCCGCGGUACAGCCCCGGCGAAGAGGCGAUCAUCGCUUCCUUCGCCAUCAUGAUCCCGUUCGGCCUGGUGUUCAUCAUGUUCGCCGUCCACUUUUACCGAUCGCUCGUGAGUCACAAGACGGACCGUCAGUUUCGGGAGUUGGAAGAGCUGUCCAACAUCACGCAUCAGCUGGACCACAGGGGAGAAGGCUCCAACAUGCAGCCUUCCUCUGCUCACUCCGCUACGCUAAACCUUUGAUCUUCCGUUAGGCUGUCUUCUCAGAUCAUCUUUAGGUACGUUUACACCUUUUAGCCAAAAACACCCGACCUUGCUCGGUUCAGCCUCCCUAAACUUUUUCUGCUCGCCGCAAAAACGGACGUGUCUCGAAACAGCACUCGUCAAAACCACACCACACUUG